UCAAACCUAAAUGGAUAAGCUUUCAAAUAAAAAAUAAUUCCAACCUGCAUCAUCCAAUCAGGAGCCUCAAAGUUUUUUAUUCUGAGUACCAUCUUGGGGUAAAAAUUUUGCCGGUUGAAUGUAAACAAAUAAUUGCGCUCUUGUAACCUAUAGAAAGAAUAAAAUUGACUCGAAUCAGGACAAAAAUGUAUCUGUUAAACACAGAACUUAUAUUAGGAAGAAAUACCAAGUUUGGAAGAAAUUGGUUGAGUUACUUAAGAAAAACUACCAUAUGAAGGAGCAACCCGUGCCUUGCGGCCACAGAGGAAUUUCAUCUACAGAUUUCAAGAAUGCUGUCAUGAAAAUAAAAAAAUUACCAUUAAAUAACAUUAAAAGUUCAUUUGUUUAGUGUUUUUGUUUAUAAAAUUACCAUUUCUCUUUAUGCAUGUACAAGUUGAAUCAAAUGUUCAUUCAGGGUGGAUUCUACCCUUACUUUUCUUAAAGUUGUCAAAAUUAGCCAAAUUUUGAACUUUUUGUCAUAUAUUUUUGAAAAUAAAGUGUACUGAAGAUGCACUCUGGAUCUUUAUCAUUUAUAUUUUUAUUACUGAAGAUAAGAGAUACAGGAAUGAUAGCAAUUAAAAGUGGUUGUCUUCAUAGUGGCUAUAAAAAAAUCCAAAGUUUAUCAUAUGGCCUGUUUAGAGAAUUUGUCAAAUUCUGAGGGAGGCAUGUGCUCAAUCUCAAAUAUUUUUAAUUACUGAAUGAACUUUCCAUUCAACUUGUAUUGCAAAAAGAUAAAAUACUGUCCUACUUUACAAGGGUAUAUAAAAACUUUACAAACACUAAAAAAUUAAAGUGAAAACUGUACAAUUCCAAUAUGUCUGGGUUCAAAAAAGGAAAUAUCUUUAAAUUUAAGGCUGGAAGUAUACCUCAUAACAAAAAAAGGACUAAACUAUUGCCAGUGAAAAGUGACUAUGACACACCUAAAUAUACAAGACUUACCAUGAAAAAGUACAAUUUAGUAGUAAAUGAUCCAUACACUGAUCCAGAGGAAAAAGCCAGGCGGUCUGCUCGUGCGGCCAAACUACUGCGACCAAAGUCUGAUGAGGUCUCUGUUCCAAAAAAAAACAGGAAUCCUGCUGUAAAUGACAAAAGGCCUGACUUCAAUUCUUAUCGUACGGUGUGUGUUUACAAGAUGGAAGAAAUGUGGAACAAGGCCUUUAGGGAGCACCAGCAAAAAAGUCCUGCCUGUGAGGGUAAACUAUCAUGCGAUUUAGAGAAAGAGGAGAAAAGAGGAUUCUCUUCUCGCCAGAAUUUGAUUUGUACAAGUUGCAGUUAUAUAUCGGAUAAGUUUAGCUUAUACGAAGAAUUAGAAACAGGAAAGCCAGGCAGAAAACCAUCAAAACUAGAUACAGCUGUACAUGUUGGCCUGAGUCAGACACCAAUAGCUUCCUCCAGUAUGCGCAAAAUCAUUCUAAGUGGUAAUAUGCAGGCACCAGCAGCAUCCAGUCUACAAAGAAGGGCAAAUAAAGUACUUAAAAACAUUGUAGAUGUGAAUAAAAUGGACCUGAGAAAAAGAAAAAAUGAAAUUAUUGAAAUCAAUCGCCUCAGAGGGAAGGAAGAUCCAAACACAAUCAGUGUGCAGAUGGACGGAAUGUAUAACAAUCCGCUGUAUUCCGGUGUUGGACGCACUCCAUUUCAGCCUGCAACACAAACUGUCUAUACCACAGCUGAAAAUAUAACAACAGACCAUAAUAUACUAAGCAUAAAUAUAAAAAAUAAGCUUUGUUCAAUACAUUCAAGCCUUGAGGUGGAUCCUGACUCAGGCCGUUUACAUGCACAGUGUACAGAUGAAUGUAGUGCCAACAUUCCAAUGGUCAAAAGUAUUGGGGAUGAAUAUACAUGGGCCAAAGAGUGUAUCCUUGAUCUUAAGGCAGACAACAUUGAGGUUGAGCACCUGGUUACUGAUCCUGACAGCUCUGCAUACAGGGCUGCACAAGACUUGUAUGAAGAAGGCACAACAAGUACUCAGCCUGAACAUUUUCUUGAUACACGGCAUGUGUCUGAGAAUAUCCGUAAGCGUACGAAGAAUGAUAAGAACCUGUUACAGAUUAUGCCAGCAAGAACACAAGUGAAGAGACAAAAACUACUGAAUUGUUUUUCAGUGGAUUUGACAGAAAGGUGUAAUGCCGAGCUGGCUCAGGCAAGGAAAAUUUACAGUGGAAACUUUCAAAAAAUCAAAUAUAAAAUAUCGCAUGUCGUUGACGCAAUUGUCAACUGUUACACUGGAAAUCAUUCGUCGUGUAAAAAACAUUCAUUUUUAUGUAAUGGAUUACAGAAAGUAUGGCUUAGAGGAAGGUCACUACUACCAAAAACAUUCAAAAUUGCACACUCACAGCAAAAUAUAGACUUUAUAAGAAAGACAGUCAACCUGCGUCUUGGCCCAAAUAUACUUGAGAAGACCAGACUUAACAUGAACACUAAUUUUGUUGAGGGAUUUAACCGUAGCCUGAGGCGUUCUUUACCAUCAAAUGUUACUUUCAAAAGAAAUGUUACCGGUCGUGCUCAUUCAGCUGCUCACAGUGUUAAUUUUGGUCCAGGAGAAUCAGUUCUAGAACUUUGUACUGCUCUUCAUUGUGAAGUCCCAGUGGGAGGCUCUGCAUACAAGGCUCUAAAAGAAAUACAAAAAGUUGACAUUUUACAAAAACAGCACAAAAAGACUAUGCAAUACAAGCAAUUUAGAAGUGAUAAAAGGGCUAAACUGUACAAACUGUAUGAAAAACUAAGUGAAAUAAUAGAAUAUGAAAAAAAUAUGUUGCUAAAAUGUGAUCAAGGACUGAAAUCUACUCCGCAGAAACAUAGUGACCAUUCAUACAGCAGAAAUGACCGAAAGAGAAAAAGAUCUGUUAGAAAAUAA